UCGUUGGCCCGCAACGUUAAUUGAUCAAAAAUGGCUCCUAAAUUACACAGUAUCAUUGCCAGCCCACCAGUAAGAGCCGUUCUAAUGUGUGCCAAAGUUUUGGAUGUCGAACUAGAAUUGAUCCCUGUUGAUUUGUUGAGUAAGGAUCAUUUAAAAGAUGAAUAUUUAAAAAAAAAUCCUCAACACACUGUUCCUCUACUAGAAGAAGACGAUGGAUUUUUACUGGCCGAUAGUCACGCUAUUAUGGGCUAUUUGGUAAACCAAUACGGCAAAGACGAUUCUUUGUAUCCAAAAAACGACAGCAGACUUAGAGCUGUAAUUGAUCAUAUACUGCAUUUAGACUCUAGCGUGCUUUUUAUUAGAGGAUUGUUUAUAUCUAAGCCGCUUUUGUUCCAAAAAAUCCUGCCAACAGAAGAAAAAAUCAAGGACCUCAAAGAAGCCUUUAAAAUCCUGGACGCCGUUUUGGAAAAAAACCAAACCAAAUAUGUUGCCGGCAAUAGUUUAACUAUUGCCGAUUUCAGUGUGGUCACUACAAUUACAUGUUUUGAUAGUUUCACUCCUUACGCUGAAUUCCCGCAUUUAAAGGCUUACAUUGAAAGAAUGGAGCAGGAAUCUUGGUACGAGCUUAACAAAGAAGGCCUGGCUAUUAACAAGAAGAUGAUUGGUGAACUUAUGAAUGAGCUUAAAAACCAAUAAAUAUAGCAUUUAUAUUUUCUUUGUAUUUUGAAAUUUAAUUUUUCCUUUAUUCUUUCUGAGUUAUUCACAACUAAAUUAUUAUUCACGGGACGAAUUAAUUAUUGUUUCCUGACAAACAAUAAUAAUACAUGUAUCCUGCUUAUAUUUUAUUAUAAAUAUCUAUAAUUAGAAGACAUUUACUUUUUGUCAAGCAUUGCCGUAAUGAUAAUGAUAAUAUAUUCAUGGUUUAAAAAUAAACUGUAAAUAAAAAAAAACAUCAAUUACCUAUCUGGUUCCUGUCCCCAUUUAAGAUGACUUAAAAAUCAUGUAAUAGUCCAAAGUUUGUUUUGAUUGGCUUUUCGAAAUUCAAACUUGGUACCAACCUACGUACUGAUAAGUAGAUAUCUAGAAAGCACUUUAAGUAAUCAUAGAGUGACUUCAAACUUUCAGGAUUUAUUGAGUAGGGUCUUUUUAUCAAACAAGAAAAACUGCAAGUUGAUCUCAGGCUUGACAGGAAUUAUGAUUUUUCUCUCAUUUGAAUGCAAAAAAAUCUCUAUUAAAAUCACCUUUGAAAGCUUCUGAAAAAUACUUCAAGCAAUCAGAGGGACUUCAAAGUUUCAGGAUUCAUUGAGUAAGGUCUUUUUUUCAAAGUAAAGUGCAAGUGGAUCUUAAGCUCAGAAAUAGAAUUAUAAAUUGUUUCUCAUUUAAAUGCAAGAAAAUCUUGUAAAAUUCCUAUCUUUUGAAGCUUCUGAAAAAUACUUCAAGCAAUCAGAGGGACUUCAAACUUUAUAAUAAAAUAAACCUCUAUAUACUUAAAUACAGGUUUUCCCAGGGAAAACAGUCCACCCCAAUUUAUUGGAUUUGGGAUGAGAGAGAAUCUGGAAAAACGCUUGGACACGUCGAUGUUUGAUUUAAGGGGGAACUAUUUUUCAUCUCCGUAGCUUCAACCCCCUAGCUAGCGAGAGAAAAACCUCCCAAAUUUGAAUAGGGGAUACGGGUCGUGUCAUACUUCUUUUUAAAGGUAUCAUCGAGUUCUUUAUGGCCCUAGAAUUUCGUCUCAUAAUUU